AUGUUCAAAAGGCUACUGAAGAAGGAAGAGAAGCACGAUGACGACAUGACAGUUUGGGUGCCCAAAGGCGUCUACAACUCAGUGGCACCGAUAUGGGACGAACGAUAUUCAUGGCACCCCAUGGCGGUCGACGAUUCGCUGCCAAUGGACCAGACCUCGUUCAUCCAGGUGGACAACAAGGACAAGGACCACGAGGAAGACUCAGAAAGUCACAAGCAAGCAGCCGCCAGCCCCAGUAACGAGAACCUGGCCCCCGAGGCCGCAUUGGCAGAUGACAAUGCCUCGGUCCACUCCGCCGUCUCGACCGUGCCGAGCAUCUCGGGCCCUAGCACGCAAGGUCUCUCUGCGCAACGGCCGCGGCAACUCGACAAGCGGACGUCGUUCGGGUUCCCGGUCAGGCAGAUGUCCUGGAACACAAGCAGGAGGAAGCGGGAGGCGCUGCUGCAGCGGCAGCGGUCCCGGGACAAGUACGGCGUCCCGGGCAAGAGGAGAUCGUCACUGGCGCCGGCGGCUCCGGCUCCCAACCAGGGGCCACCGGGGCCCGGAACACGUCCGGGCUCCUCCGGAGCUGUUCCCUACGGUUUGGCCGGAGAGUUCGUCAUGUUCGCCCUGUGA